AUGGUGGGCACCACGACCACGGACGUGCCCCCAACCAUGGGGGUCAAGAUCUUCUCGGCUGGAGCGGCAGCCUGCCUGGCGGACGUGAUCACCUUUCCGCUGGACACCGCCAAAGUCCGGCAACAGAUCCAAGGCGAGUUCCCGACCACCAGUGGCAUCAGGUAUAAAGGUGUCCUGGGGACAAUCACCACCCUGGCAAAAACGGAAGGGCCACUGAAACUCUACAGCGGGCUGCCUGCCGGCCUCCAGAGACAAAUCAGCUUCGCCUCGCUCAGGAUCGGCCUAUACGACACGGUGCAGGAGUUCUUCACCUCGGGGGAAGAAACAGCACCGAGUUUAGGAAGCAAGAUCUCGGCCGGCCUAACAACUGGAGGCGUGGCGGUGUUCAUCGGGCAGCCCACAGAGGUCGUGAAAGUCAGGCUGCAAGCGCAGAGCCACCUGCACGGUCUCAAGCCUCGCUACACGGGGACGUACAAUGCCUACAGGAUUAUAGCUACAACUGAGAGCUUGACCAGUCUGUGGAAAGGGACAACUCCUAAUCUGUUAAGGAAUAUCAUUAUUAACUGUACAGAGCUCGUAACCUACGACCUAAUGAAGGGGGCCCUUGUGAGAAACGAAAUACUAGCAGAUGAUGUUCCCUGCCACUUACUGUCGGCUCUUAUCGCUGGAUUUUGCACAACACUUCUGUCCUCUCCAGUGGAUGUGGUGAAAACCAGAUUUAUUAACUCUCCACCGGGACAAUACACGAGUGUGCCCAACUGUGCAAUGACAAUGUUCACUAAGGAAGGACCAACGGCUUUUUUCAAAGGAUUUGUACCUUCCUUCCUGCGACUCGGAUCAUGGAACGUCAUCAUGUUCGUGUGCUUUGAAAAGCUGAAACGAGAACUCAUGAGGUCCAGGCAGACCGCGGACUGUGCCACAUAAUCAGCUUCAAGAAAAGGACACCACGUCCCAGUGGGAA